AUGCGGAAGAUUAAGAGCACAGUUGGCAGGAAACUGCUGAAGAACGCCACCGCUGGCCUCAUUCCGGAACCUCAGGGCGCUGAGGAGGAGCCACUCGUGCAGCAGGUCACUUACACUCACUUCGUUGUCGUAGCCGAUGAUGAGAAUUCAUAUAAUCUUCCGUUAUUCACCACACAGCUAACGCCGGGGACCUCAGACACGGAUACUGCCGCUGGAGCAAAAGGAAAGAAAUCUAGUACGGGCACCGAAACGGAUGAUACGAAGAAGGAUGAGGACAAAUCAGAUUCCGAUGAGAAAUGCACUCGAGUCAGCUCACAAAGAAAUCCUGUAUGGAAGCAGAACCUGGUGUUUAUGCUUAAAGACAUCAGUUUGCAGAAACUUGCCUCUGACACUCUAGCAAUUAAGGUGACCCGAGCGAAACGUUUUUCCGAAAAAGUCACGGGCGAAUUCAUGUGCCAAAUAGGAAAUGUCAUUCAUUCGCCUGGGCGAGUUGUGGUCUCGAAAUGGAUCGCGCUAAGAGUACCGACCGACGAGGAAGACGACGACGGUGUUUACGAGAACUGCGGCUUUCUCAAGGUGUCCAUCAACGUUUACAGUAUUACUGAGAGUCCAGCAAGGAUGAACGAUGAUCUCGAUAGUGAAGAGAUCUGGAGUGGUGCUCAGCUGGAAGAGAUGUCUUUAAGGGUGAGACUAUUCCGACUUCACCAACUUGCUGGUGAGAUCCACGAAGAAGUGGCUAAAUGUACUGCUAAAAAUAAUGAGAAGCCGCUCAAGUUUGUUAUUAGGAUAAAACCAGUGUAUGUCAGGAGCGUCUAUAUCAUAGCACAGGUUUCUAUUCAACCUUUCUCUCAUAUCGUCCGCUCUUGA